AUGAUUCCGCCUGAACUUCGUGACCAAUUAUAUCUUGGUUUUCGAUCAUCGUUACAUGGAUUCAUAUUAGCAUGGAACAAUAAUUAUGUAUGGAAAACACAACUAUUUUCUUUCUGGUCAUUGUUAAUCUCAACAAUUACUGUUUAUUGUAUCUUAUAUAUUUCUUUAUUACCAUUUCGUGUUUUAUUAUGGAUUUUUUCGUUUUAUACUGUUGUUAAUCUAGAAACUCUCAACUAUCUUCGUGAUGUAUCAUCUCCAUCUAAUUUAUUUAUUCAUCUAUGUUGGUUUAUACCAUUGUUAGCCGUUUUUAUUAUGAAUAAUUUAUUGGGUUAUGAAAAUAUUUUUUUUUCCGUAUUAUCAUCGAUUCAUCCACAAUUUGCUACUCAAUUAUAUGCCAAACCACGACAACGUUUUUUAACAUUAUUGUAUUAUUUUCUACGUCGUACAACAUUAUUAUUUAGUUUUGUUAUGUUUAUUCAUCUUCUACGAUCAUCAUCAUAUUUGGGUCGAUUUAUCCCAGCAUUAUGGUUAUUAAAUUAUGUUCGUCAUACAAUAAUAAAUACAAAAUGUUUAUCUGUUCGUCUUAUUCUCAUUACUUUAAUUUUAUUAGUUGGUUAUAUUAAAAGAUUUCAGCCAUAUGCCAUGUCAUUACUUCAUCUACAAUUGGCGUCAAUAGCUUUAGCGAGAGAAUUAUUUGAUACAUACUUGUCGAGGAUUCAUAAUCAACUAUCAACGCCUAAUACAAAUGCUGUUAAGUUAUUAGGAAUUUAUCCGGGACCAACAACUUUAACAUUUUGCGGGUUUUCAUUGUCUACAUCAAUAGUUACAUCCAAAUCGGUUCUGAAUCCACAUAAAAAUGUACGGAAAUUUUUACGUAAUCAUUAUUUAUCUUUGUUAACAUUUGCCUUGCCCUAUGUCUUUUUAUUGUCUGUGCCAUUGCUUGGAUUCUUUUGCGUGGGUUUUGCACACGGUGCUGCUGCAUAUACUCUUGUAAUAAUAAUGGAGAAUGAAAUGAUGAAAAAACAGAAACAGUAA